AAUUCAAUGGAACGCGAAGGACUUCUCGGUGACAUUAAGGAUAAUCAAUCGACAUCUACGAGUCGAAAUCGAUGCUACAUACAUGUGAUAACUGUUUUGUUAUUAUUGUUUUUUAUUGGAAUCCGGAAUCAUAACUGGAAACCAUCAACAACUGACCUAACAAAAGUGGCAGCGCUACCACCAGAAUCACUUUUCAACACUACUACUGAUGAAAACGAAGAUCCACUUUUUGCCUAUAAUUCGUUCGAUUGUCCCUAUGAAGAAUGGAAUCAGGUUACAACCACAAUCAUUCCUAACACCGAGGUUCAUGAAAACUGGAUGAGAUCCUGGAAACCUGAGAAACAACCGUUUCUCUAUCACACAAAACCCUCUGCAAUGUCAGCAUUUGCACAAAAGGAUCAGAUUGUUGUAGCACUAACGUCAGCUAGUUUGAUAAAUUCAACAAUGUAUUGCCGUUAUUACGAUUGUCGCAGAAGAGAAAUCAGUGACCCAUUUCAAAAUGUCAUUUUUCACAAGUCAACAGUUUUCUGUGCUCUACGGCCCAAUGCAAAAUAUAUUGCGGUUUCAGCGACUUCGGAUGAAACUCCUGAAUAUUCCGUUCCAAUCGUUCCCAGAAUAAACAAGCCACCUCACUACUUCACAGUUUGUAUGGCGCCUCUCUAUGGUGAUGAGCCUAAAUUUCUGCAAAUUGUGGAUUUUAUCGAAUACCAUAAACUACAAGGUGCCACAUUUUUUCAUAUCUACCUGAGAAAUGUCACAGAUUACGAUAGAAUGAUGCUGGAUGAGUAUGUCAAAACGGGAGACAUUGAGAUCAUAAAAAUGCAUGAUCAUUUUUGGAGAGCAGACUAUAUGUGGCAUGAUGUUCAAAUUAAUGACUGUCAUCAUCGCAGUAAAUACUUCUCGAAGUGGACAGCGCUGAUCGAUAUUGACGAGAGAUUGGAAAUUAGAAAUGAGCAAUUUAAGACAGUAGUUGACUAUUUAGACUCAAUCCACAAUGCGUCAAUUGCGAACCUUCGUUUCCGAGUGAAAUGGGUUAUAAAGGACAAUAAUACACCUGAAAGAUAUGAAAAUGAUAAACAGAUUACUGAUGAAAUGCUCUUCCACAAAUAUCAAAACACUUCCCAGCUCGGAAAUUUUUUUGAUCAGCCGAAGUGCAUUAUUCGACCGGAAAAUGUUGCAAUUAUGACCAUACAUGGGCCAUUGACAAUGUACAAAGGAGAGAGAAUAACUUCAGUCGACAAAGACAUUGGGUUUAUAAGACAUUAUCGAAGUGUGGAGCAGAGAGUUUUUCCGGGAGCCCUCGAAAGAAUGAUGAAACAUGCUCCAUUCAACAUUCUACCAGUGGAGCAGUGGAUUGAGAAAAACCUGACGGAAAAUAUAUUGAGCCGAGUCAAAUUGGUAUACGAUAUUGUUGAUGUGACGUGUGAGGAAAAGAUGAAAAUGUACAGCAUUGAAAAUGUUACGGCGCCUUGCUCAAUAGGGAAACAAGACCUGUUCACUAAAUUAUAA